CGAAAGCAAGCAGCUCAUUAGGAAGUUUUCUCCUGUCGAAUAAAGUAGCAGCAGGCUCCUUAUAAGUAUUUCUAUUGGAUUUGCGCUCUUGCAUUAUCGGUGCUCAAGUGCUUUUUAAUUUAGAAGGAAGUCGGGGAACGCGAAGGCCAUGGCCUGGAUGACGCGUUAUUACAAGAUUGUUGUGUUUCUAGUUUUAGCUAUGAACCUGAGUUAUCGUGGAGAUGCGGCCAAGAAUGACAGUUUAGGAGCAUCUUUCAUAUUCGGGGACUCCUUGGUGGAUGCUGGAAACAACAACUAUCUGUCAACUCUGUCCAGGGCAAACAUGACACCCAAUGGAAUUGAUUUUAUGGCCUCCGGAGGACAACCCACCGGCCGCUUCACCAAUGGAAGAACCAUUGGUGAUAUCGUAGGGGAGAAACUGGGGCAACCAAAUUAUGCUGUGCCAUUUUUGGCCCCAAAUGCAACUGGGAAAGCCAUACUAUACGGAGUGAAUUACGCUUCAGGAGGAGGAGGGAUUCUGAACGCAACAGGAAGAAUAUUUGUGAAUAGACUGGGAAUGGAUGUUCAAGUAGACUACUUCAACAUGACAAGGAAAGAGAUAGAUAAAUUGAUGGGGAAAUCAACGGCGAGGGAGUUCAUAAUGAAGGAAUCCUUGUUCUCCAUCACAGUGGGAUCAAAUGAUUUUCUCAACAAUUAUCUUCUCCCAUUAGUGUCCAUUGGAGCAAGAGUUUCUCAAAGCCCAGAUACUUUCGUCGACGAUAUGAUCAAUCACUUCAGAGCCCAGCUCAUUAGACUCUACCAGCUGGAUGCACGGAAAUUCGUGAUCGCCAACGUUGGUCCAAUAGGAUGCAUACCUUACCAGAAGACCAUAAAUCAGCUGGAUGAAAAUGAGUGUGCGGAUCUGGCAAACAAGCUUGCUGUUCAAUACAAUGAUCGAUUAAAGGAUUUGCUUGCCGAGCUAAACGACAACCUGCCCGGAGCCACGUUUGUGCUUGCCAAUGUGUACGAUCUGGUGAUGGAACUCAUCGAAAAUUAUGAAAAAUACGGGUUCAGAACAGCAAGUAUAGCAUGCUGUGGAAAUGGAGGCCAGUACGCAGGGAUAAUUCCAUGUGGGCCAACGUCAAGCUUGUGCACAGAUAGGUACAAGCAUGUGUUCUGGGAUCCGUACCAUCCAAGUGAGGCUGCCAACUUAGUACUCGCCCAUCAGCUGGUUGACGGAGACAAGAGAUUCAUUUCUCCCAUGAACCUUCGCCAGCUUCGAGACCUUUAAUUAGUGUAAUUGUCCCCGGCCAUGCCCCUUAUAAUUUCCCCUUCAUUUUUCUCUCAUGCUUUUCUCCCUAUCCUUUUGUCUUUCUUAUUCCUCCAAUCAUAACCACCAUUUUACAAUUUUGUCUUUUUAUUAUUGCACAUAUGCGAUCAUUUCUCUGGUAUUGUUUAAAUCAAGCAGCUGCCGUGGAGUUGCUCUGAUUGGCGCAUGAAAUGAUGCAUAUAUAUGGACAAGUUCAUGUCGUGUUAUAUAUUAUAAUUUAUUGAGACAUAUUAUAUGUCUGAUGCAACGGGGGUGUUCGGGAUCCAAGUCAGAGUUGAAUUUCAACUCGAAAUAUUCAACUCAAUUUUUUAAAAUAUGUACUUUGAAAUCUGACCUUCUAUGCGACUUAUUUUGUUGA